AUGCCGGUGACUGCAGGAGCAGCGGCAGCUGGAGCUGCCGGCCAGCCGCAGGCGGUGGCCGCCGCCUUCAAUGCCGCCCAGCACCCGGCGCUGGCGAUGAUGGGCAAUGCGCACCACCACGCCAAUGCCACCAACCACCACCACCUGUACCAGCUAGCGCAGAUCGCCCACCAUCAGCAACAGCAGCAGCAGCAGCAAGUUCAGCAAUCUCAAGUCGCCGCCCACUCGCUGGAGGCGAUGAACAAGCAGCAGCAACAGCAACAGCACUACACGCUGGCGCAGACCAAUGCCGCAGCCGUCCUGGCCAACAACAUUCUCAAGCAGCAACAGCAGGCUCAAGCUCAGCAGGUGCAGAGCCACUUUGGGGGCGCCGGAAACGGUGGCCACCAGUCGGUGAGUCCGCUGCAGGCGCAGGCACAGGGCACGGCCAACUGGGCCUCGGCGGUGGCUGCCCAACAGCAACAACAGCAGCCAUCCAACUUCAACUCUGCAUUCACUGGAACUGCCGCCUCUUCUGCCGUCGUCGGCGGAGUGGGGGGCCAGAAUCCUCAGGUGGCGCCCUUUCCGGUGAACAGCAACACCCGCGGCAGUGUGCCACUCAGCGCUGCCAAUGCCAUUCCUGCGCUGAGUGGCGUUGCAGUGGCUGGCAGAAACGCUGGCGGUGGUGGGGGUGGUGGCCAGCAGGCACUUGACGCCGCCCAGCAGCAGCAACAGAAUGCACUGCGCUCCUUCUUCCAGGCCAGUCUGCUGCACAAUGCAGAGGCCAUGCAGAACGUCCAUCAGGCACAGCAGGCGUACGCGCUGAACGCCGCCGCAGCCGCCGCUCUUCAAGGAGGCGUUGGGGGCGUUGUUCACCCGCACGAUAUGGUCGCCGCCAGACAACAACAGCAGGCUGCAGUGGUGGCCGCCCACUUUCACCAGCAGCAACAGCAGCAGGCGGCGGUGGCCGCAGCAGCGGCUGCUGCAGCCGCCCGAGCUGGCGGUCAGUACGGUCCUCUGACCACCUCUGCCCAGAACGCGAUGAACCAAAGUUGGCCAAACCACAGUCAGCAGCAGCAGCAACAGCAACAACAACAGCAGCAACAACUUCAGCAGCACUUCUUCAAGACGAUGGGCCAUGGAUUUGCCAACCAACAUCAGCAACGCCAGUUUAUGCAAAUGUUCGGCGGCGGUGCACCGACAGUGCCCGGUGCCGGUAAUCUCGGUAACGCCGGAAUUCAGCUGGCCAUGGCCGGAGGUGGCGGUGGCGUGGUCAAUCACCACCGAGCCAGCCCUUCGGGCUCGAUUGGAGGCGGCAGUGGUGGCUACCCGGCGCCCAUUCAGCGGCCAAACAACGGCAACAAGAAUGGCGGCGGCCAGUACUCGAACCGAAACGGCGGCAAGUCCUUUGACGACCGCAGAAAGUCGGGCGGUGGUCGAAGCUUCUACGGCAGUGGCGGCAACCACAACAGUAACAGCAACAACAACAAUAACAACAACAGCAUCAGCAACCGAAACAGCUCAACGCCGUCACCGAGCGGUGGAAAGUCCGCCGUCGUGCUGACGACCACUUCUGUUGGUGCCGCUGAGCAACAACAGCAACUCACCAACGGAAUCGGCGGAAGCAGUUCAGCAAACACUGCUGCUGCUGUGCAGCCAAUUUCCGCUGCCGUCCCAACAGCCUCCGCUGCUGCUGCUGUGGAGUGUUCAGUGGCCAACAAGGAUUAG